AUGAACAACAUCAUCGUAUCAUCUGGACCACAGAAUGCGGUUCAGUAUAAUGAAGGAAUCACUGAGUCACGACCCACCCGUGCAGUUCCAGGAAUCAUUCAGUCACGACCGCCCCGUGUAGUUCUGGCAGCACGCGUUAGUAUCAGUAGUGCGCAGGAGCUUCACGCCGGGAAGGCAGUCUCUCUGUCACAAUUAGCUCCCUGCAGUGGCUGGCAGGUGUUGAGCAUAAACACCAUAAAGAGAGUGGCGGAAGUUAUCUCAACGCUGGAGAAAUACCCCAUUACUAAAGAAGAACUUGAGGAAACAAGAUUGGGAAGACACAUUAACAACUUGCGUAAGAAGACCUUGAACACAGAGCUUUCCAAACGAGCCAAAAGGCUUCUGAAAACCUGGAGGAAGAUCGCCCUGGUUGGGCAGGAGUCAAUGGUGGCAGCUCCUAGUGUUAGUGCAGAGGCAGACACAGACACACUGGAGAUGACUAUUCCAGAAACUUGUUUUCCAAAGUCUGCAGAUGUGGACAACAGGAAUGUUCCUCCUUCCACCAAAAACCUAUCCUUCACUCAAUACAACAUGCGCCUAAAACAGGAGGUCACUGCAGUGGACAGCCCAGAGGUCAUCUCCAGCCCCACGGCUGAGCCAGUGAGCCCGGGUUUCUUCCCCUAUAGACCCGUCACCUCUUCUAAAGCAGUGCCCAAGGUCGCCAAUCACAGGCAUCUUGCCAGAAGCAACCAAGUGUCAACUGACCCCAAUUCUGGUCACUCGAACCCUUGGCUGGGGAAACCCGAAUCCUGGCUUAGAGUAUUUCAGGAACCUGGAAGUUUGGAGGCCAUUUCCCCAGCCAGUUGUAGCACACCUCCACACAGCCCGGCUGCUGUCAGUUCAUAUUACUCUACGAUUCACAAGUGCCCCCAGUCAACACUGCCUUUCCCAGUCAGUCUGAUAGAGCGUGUUGAAGAGGUGCAGCACACCAGUAGUUCUCAGCCCUCAACCUUUGACAACCAGAACACAAAGCCCCCAAUAUUGCCCGAGAUUGUUUAUAACCAGCCUAAGGACAAUAUCGGUUCACCAGUGCCUACAGGCUGUUUAGACACGGAAAGGAUUCCUUUAAAAAACAAACCCAAAAGAGGGAGAAAGAAGGGGAGGCUCAAAGACUUCAGAGUGAACCUUGACGGCCCACAAUCGGACACGAUGGAAAGACCAGGGAGGUUAAAAGAACGGAGAAUAACGUACAACCCCUUGACGGGGCAGAUUAUCCUAGCUAGUCAGAAGACAACAGCGGCCACUCACGAUGUUGGGGUACUGGCGGUUAGCUGCGGUCAAGUUUCUGAGCUGCGGGAGAGGAACUUGCAGAUUUGGGACAGCAUGGACAAGCAGGACUGGAAGGUGUUUGCCAAAAACAAGAUCAUUCAAAAAUACCUGAGCAGCCAGUGUCACAGGUGGUCCUUCUCCAGCUUGGAGCCUCAAGAAUACCAUGAACACUUGAGGGACUGCUGCCCCAUUUCUCAGCCUUCUCUAGUGCUACCAACAGAGCCUAGCACCAGUAUUUCUGGAGUCGGCCGAGAGGUCUCACUGGAGGACGUGCCUCGACUGCAUACUCAAAACUGGCAGGGAGUUAACGGUUGUUAUGACGACAAAGUUAACUGGUAUGACUGGGUGCAGUGUAUUUCAUUGGACCCUUAUAGAGACGAAGGAAAGUUGAAUAUUUUGCCUUACGUGUGCCUUGACUAGUGUCCCAGAUUUGCUAUAAUUAUAAAAAGUCACUUGGCAUCUACAAGCUGUUCUGAGCAAAGACAUUUGGCAGGACCAUACAGUGUUUAACAACAUUCUAGGACCACCCCAUUUGGCACUGAAGUGUAUUCUAUCCUUAAGGGUUUACUCUUGUUCCCUGGCUUCAGAAGGUAGGCACAGGGUAAUGAAACAGAAUCAUUUCUCCAGAGUCUACUUCCUGUGCACUGGUCCUCAGUCACACAUAAACAGGAUGCAGGUAAGUAAAUGAUGUAGUCUUUCCAUGGAAACUCCAUCCAUUUACAAAGCAUGAACAUUUAGACAAUGGCAGCAGCAACAGCACAAAGUAGCCAAGUGACAUUAUAAAAAUCACCUGAAAGUUGCAUUUCAUUGCAGACCGGUUAUUUCAGUAUUGUUCGGAGACUUGAAUCUUUUUGUUUUAAAUACAGCACAUUUAUUUGUUAUCAAUAUUUUGUGUUAGAUUCAUAUGAACUUAUUUUACAAACAGGUAAUACUAGCAGCAACUGGCUGUUAUCAGAGGGGUAGAUGGAUAUCCUACUCAUUUCCCACAAAGAUUAGCAAAGCUUGAAGAGCAUUUUCAAAAGCAGCAACAGGAGUGACACCUGGGAAAUAAAAACAUGCAAUACAGUUGUCUUGUAUAAUAAUACUUGUUUGUUUUUACAGUGAGUGGAGAGUGUAUGGACUGGGAUCCUUUAGGAUCCUAGGAAAAUGUCAAUGAGGUACUAGAAACCGGAUGAGCAUUGAUGCGCCGAAUGGCAUCCUCUGGUUGUUAACGAUGCAAUACAUUUUAAGUUAAUGCCCUUUACGCUUCAAAACAAUUAGACAGGAUAUGGAGGAAUCAGAAAUUAAGCACAUCAGCAGCACAUUUUUCUCACAACGACACAUUGUUUUUUAAAAAAAAUUUUU